GGUAGGUAAUGGUUAGAAUAAAAAAUACAACAGACGUCCGUAUAUCGAUUUCCAGACGUUUAAUAAAUCACACAUUUAUUGAAAAAUUAAACGACUCGCUCACCUCACGUCGAACGCACGUUUUACCAUCAGUUUUCAAUUCGCCAUCGAACAGGUAACAUAUUGAUGCCUACGGUUAUUUGCAUCGAACAGCCGAGUUCCACGGACCACAGUGGAGCCCGAGGACCGUUUCAUCUUCGAAGUCAUGCAGGGUUUAUUAUCGCUGUUGCGGAAACUCCGGACGGCGCCAGAGAAGGAACUUCGUUUACUAUUGCUGGGAUUAGAUAAUGCGGGGAAAACGACAAUUCUCAAAAUGCUUGCUUCCGAAGACAUAACAAACGUUACACCAACCGCCGGUUUCAACAUAAAAUCCGUAAAUUCCGAAGGAUUCAAACUGAACGUUUGGGAUAUAGGAGGCCAAAGGAAAAUACGUCCUUAUUGGAAGAACUAUUUCGAAAACACCGACGUUUUGAUAUACGUGGUAGACUCCGCGGACAAAAAGCGCCUGGAAGAGACCGGCAUCGAGCUGUACGAGCUCCUCAGCGACGACAAACUCCAGGACGUGCCUCUGCUGGUCUACGCCAACAAGCAGGACAUCCCGGAGUCCCUUUCCGCCUCCGAAUUGGCGCAAACCCUGGGCCUGCCCACCAUCAAGGACCGCUCCUGGCAGAUCCAGGCCUGCACCGCCAUCCAGGGCGUCGGCGUCAGAGAAGGGAUGGAGUGGGUGUGCAAGAACAUCAAGAAAAAAUGAACCUAAUCAGCGCAUUGUAUGAAUUGCAGUAGGGACUUUAUUUGUAAUUGCUGGGUACCAAUUAAUUAUAUUGUACUCAAGGGUUCCAUAAUCAAGAUGAAAUGGGGAAGGGUGGUAUUAAUUUAGAGAUUAAGUUGAAGCUGGUUCAAGUUACAAAAAUACCUAUAUAAAUCCAAGUUUAUUCAACACAAUCUAUAAUUAGUUAACAUAUUUAUUACAGCAAUAAUGUAGUUAUAAUAUAGUCACUCAUAUUCAUGUAGUACUUAAUAAAUUUUUAAAUUUUA